AUGACGUCCCCUCCGGAGAGACUGGAGAGCCAACACGCACACGGCCGAGUACAACUACAUGAAGACAAGCUGUCUAAGCGUAACGGGGGGUAUAGAGAACCCAGAGAAUCAGAGCAAGCCUGUGCUAAUGUGCGUCGCCCCUUGGCAAUCGAUCCGAGAACAGCAGAACCUCAUGUCUUUCUCAACGGGGCGCACGAGUCUGAAAUGCCUUCCUCUCCAAUGGUGCUGCGGUCUGAGUUUGUCACAGAUACGUCAUGUGGGGAUUCCUUGCCCUCUGCCCCGCAGUCGGCCCUCUUUGUUAAGCAGUCAGAUUCCAUGCGCGUUGACCCAGCGCCAAAGAGUCUUUCUCGUCAGAUACUCCUGUGUAUAGAUGCCCCCGCCGCAUCACAUCGUCUCGUCCAAGACCUUGGCCUCCAGCAGCAGACCAGAUUUGCAUAUCGGCAAGCUGAAAAGCAUAACUGCUCACAUCCUUUCAUGAACCCUUUCGACCCGGGGUCUGAGCCGGGCUAUUCUAUCUCUAGAUCCCCUAGCGAAGUCUCUGCAAACGCCCUCUAUGGCGGGUCCUCAUCUGCAAUCUCGAAGAUUUUAGAGGAUUUAAGAAUUGUCGACGUUGCGCAACAGUCCGCUGACUUGAAGCUGGGCACGCCGCAGUGUUGGGUCCCCGACGCAAGCGGACAGCUGCAAACUACUCCAUAUCAAGCUGCGGAUAUCGGCAAGUCAUACCAAGUCCACAAGAAGGGAGCGGGAGGUGCUCCAUUCUGCCGUCUUCCGGACGUGACGUGCGCCGCCGAAUCUGCAGCUGAGCGUCACUCAAUUGCUGUACGAGCGAAGGACAGGGAAGAACUCGUCCACAAGGAACUUUUACCUGCGGGCACUCAUGAAGGCAGCGAAGGGAAAGACCCUCCACCAAAGGGGGGCCUUACAGAUGAAAGCUGUCCCGUGUGCUCGGUCAUGGCAGCCGCUGGGGACACGUCACCGUCGGACUGUUGUUUCUGUGGGAAAACGGCGCAUCCCGCAAACGGCCUGCGCUCGGGAGAAGCCCAUCAGGGGAGAGAGGCUGCACUGAGUAAAUUGAGCGCAGUCACAAUCCCUGGUGAAGCAGCCUCCUUGAGUGCAGGAAAGGCUGAGACUCGAGUCCAGCCUUCACGUGCAUCCAGGGUAGCCAGCCUCAUCACGGAGGCGCUUGCCUCUUCCGUCCCGCAACGCAGUCCUACGCCGCCCGAGAAAAUCGAUAGUAGGGUGACCUUCCAGAAGGCCUGGAAUGAUCUGCUGCAGCUCCAUAGUGCCCUCCUUCAGUAUCAGCAGUGCGUCGAAGAGCAAGACAUGCCGAAGUCGACAGGCAAUCCAGUAACCAGCAACACGUCCCAUGCGCCACUGGCGCCCACGCCGGCUGCCCCAGUGAGGCAGAGCAACGAAUAUGCGCGGCCCGAACCUAAUGGCUGCGCGCUGGAUCAGGAAUCGUGGCAUCUCGGCAGCCAUCUUCAAGCCAGCAGUAGUCGUCGGAGUCCCCAGCACGGCCUAAGGCCACACUCCUCGGGGCCUGAGCUGGAGCGCGGUUGUAACACGUCGAGUGAACAGUCCCAUCCCGUGGAUGUAGUCAUGGCUGAUGACCGCAUGCAGGGCUCUGGAACAUCAGAGAGGGACCGAGAGGCCCCUGCGGGCGGUGCAGGAAACUGCGAGAAGCGCCAGCAGGUGGAAAUGCUAGAGUCCUAUCAAGAAAGAUGCUGCGGAGCUUCCUUACCUCGCACGCUGGAGGGGGUCCAGCAUUUGCUAGAUAGCGCACAACUGCUGUCGCCAGAGAAAAGAACUGCCGCAAAUGCAGCGUGUUCAGGACGAAAUUCGUUUACGAGGAGCAGGAGCUCCCCUGGGCGAGGCCUGUGUGGCUCCCGCUCUCACUCUGUAAAGCGGCUACGACGCAGAAAGAAGCAUUCUUGCCCGCCUUGGGCGCGCCAUCUUGCGGCGGUGCUGUCGCAGCAAGCGACUACUGCUUUCUUCUGGGGGAAAAUACCGGGCCGAUCCAAGAAUUCCACAGUAACCGAUUCCCACGCGAGUCCGGCGACAAAUCUUCUGCCUCCGCAGCUUCCACCGAACUGCAGCGUCGUUAGGAGACCCUCUACGGCGAGGCGUCCCUCGAAGGAGCCAGACAACCAGCCGAAACGAAACAACGUCAGCGGAAUAAGCCGAGAUACCCACUCCGACAUCAUACGGAAUGCCAAAGGAAACAAGCCUGAAAAGCGCCUAGCUGAUGUGCUGCAGGAUCUGACUAUCCGCCGCCCUACCCCCGAGGCGGCGCCGCCUACUGCUGGCAGCGAAUUUGAGGCUGUUGACACACGAAUUCCAGACUUAGGAGGCCCCGGAUCUUCUGCAAACGUACGCUCAGGCCCGCUGUCACCGUCUGGCCGAGACCGCGUGCCAGGUGACGGUACCAAAACAAAGCCUGUGGGACUAGGCUCAUCGCGUCAGACUGUCUCGGCCGCCAGGCAAACAGUGCGCCUCCGAGUGUCCCCCCCAGCGUACCAGGAAGCGCAAACUGAGCUGGGAAUAAACCGGCGGAGCCCCCAGGGCAAGGGCGUAUGCCGCCCGUCCCUGGAGUUUUCGGGCCAGUCAGGGGUCCUGUCGCAGCUGCCUGCCACGAAUGCAGGCCCUCUCGCCGAUUCACGAACAAAUUCUGCCAGGAGAGGCGACGCCAAACCUGCGGUUCAGAAGGGAAGGCGAAGCGAGCUGCGUCGAGAGGGCAUAGGCGGCUCUGGGAGGGAUAUGGCAUGUGCCUUUCCGAAUCCAGCCGCAGCUGAGUCGCGCGAGGGGCGAAACCCCGCUUCACCGACUUCUCUCGGUGCUAGCAGCGCCGAAGACGGUCGAGGCAGCGACACGAGCUCUGAAGAGAGCUCGUCGCCAUCGUCGACGGACACGUCCGAAGACGAGGCCUUCUGGCUGUAUGCAGUUCGGCCGCCCCCGUCGGGCAGACCCAAGCGCGUCUCGGUUCGUGGAGGGUACUCGCCGCCUGGACACGGGCUAUCACCUUGCCGGAUACCGCUGCGCAGUCCAACUGCAGACGAAUGCAGUCAGAAAGAUCUCCGAAAAUCAUGUGUUCAUCGUGAGCCGCUCACGGAUCCGCGGGCCGGCGUCGCGUCGGGCCUCCGUGGGUCUCGCUCGUCUCAGUCAGCACCCCGUCCUCAAGGCAGCUACUGCUUGUCCUCCUGUUCCAGUUUAGGCGCCAGGGAAGAGCUAGCGAGAGCGGAAGCGUCUGCCUGCCGCGUGCCUGCUUCGCCGCAAGCACCUGCGUCUUUUGCCUCCGCGAAAGCACAAGGUCAUAUGUCUGGCGAUCUAAACGACGGCAGACCUGCGGCCGAGGCGCACAGCAUGGACGCAGUUGCUGCUGCGCAGGCAGCUGCCAUGGCGGCCAGCAUGGCUGCCGCCGCCGCGGCUCGGGCGAGUAGGACUUUCACUCAAUCUGCCGCAGACUCUAUGCGCCUCAGCGGACCCACAAGCGUCACACCUUGCCGGCAAGAACGAGAGCGGACGGAGAGGCAGGGCGUGCCUGAGAUCGGGGGCGCUUCAGGUUCGGGAAACGAGAAGGAGUACCAACCUUUUUUCUUCCUCAGGAGGAAAACUCCGCUCGAGACCCAGCUCUCCAGUGAAGCAGGUCCUCAGCAGACGGCGAAUGGAGGCGCUCAGGAGCCACCCAGGAUACCUCAGUUGAGUAUACCCCGCCAAGACAAAACCGCUCCGACAGGAGACCGGGACUCGAACCAAGAGCGUCACUGGUCGGCAGACGGGCUGCCCGAGGAGGCCGUCAGCUGCGACCCGCAAUGGAGCGACUCUCGCACGCGCCUCGAACAACAACUCGCCUUGCAAGCUGUCGAGCGGAAUCCAAGAGAAAGCGACUCGGGGCUUCGCGCAGGCCAGCAUAGCACCGGAAUGGGGCGGUCGCAGGCUACCUGUCGCUGGAGCGACCGUGACCGCCAGCAUUCACAACCAGGCGGCGACGGCCCGGCGCCUCCGCCCGCGACAGAAAAGCCCAACCUCAGCAGGCAACGAAGCUCCGAACGCGUGAACCAUCGAACCCGAGACAGAAGUGGUUCGCGGGCUUCUUCCCCCAGUUCAUCCGGCGCCAGCGCAGCAGGGAGGCGGCAGGAGUGCAUCCCCGAGAUCCGAGCAAAGGGGACGCGCGCGCUAAGUUCGAGCAAGCUUUCAACAAGUAAGACCUCGUCACUCUGCUCUUCGGCGGACAGCGGAAGGGGACAGCCUCCACUCGUUUCUCAGCGAAAGGGAGACUCGCAGGAGGCCAGGAGCUCGUGGUCACGUCCCUCCUCCACAGGGCUGGAAGCGGAGUGCGCCCUGGGUGGAGACGCACAGGCUGGUGAAGUUGGAAAUGUUCAAGACGCAGCUAGCCUAGGCAAGGAGAGAAGCCAUUUGCGGGGCGGCACGCGCGACCCUUCGCCUGGAGUAGCUCGCCUCCGCGAGCAAUCUCCAAAUAAAACAGGCCGUUGCUCGGCGAAUGAGCUCGAGCCUCAGGGACAGGCCGCCGCCAAAGAGCGACAAGCAACGGACGCGUCCUCCAGUCAGAAACGAAGUACCAGCGAGACCAAGAGACUUAAUCAGUGCACUAGGGAGAACAAACGACAUAGCUCCAGUACUAGUGAGACUAAGGGACACAGGGAGAGACGGUCUACGGGGACGGCACGGUCUUUGAGUUAUUCUGCUGGGGCAUCCGUCACUCGAAAGGGCAGCUUGAGCCCUCGUCGCGAGCGACCGCGGUUAGGCCGUUCAUCCGGGAGCCAUGCAGCGAAGGAAACCUCCGCGAACGUGCCGGCGCCAGUCAGGAAGGACCAGCACGCCGUCGCCAGAAAGGAGAGGGAGAGUGGGCGCCCGUCGCACGAGGCACGCCGGAGCCGAGCGGAGAAGCAGCUGCCCGACUCCACUGAAGAAGACCCGCCGCGCGUUAGAGGAUGGGCUGGCGAUUCAGCUGCUGCUUCUUCGGAGAAAAGACGAGCGAGUCAACAAGCGCCUCGGGCGAGCUCGCUGUCCAACGAACGAACUAAGUGUGACUCCUCGUCGGGAAAACGAAUCGCAGGCCGCCCGAGUGCUGCGCGAGAUAGUGAUGCGAUCGGUGGAAUCCAGAGCGCAGACGAGCGCGGGUGCGGAACGCGGGAUGCGAGAGACGAAUCUCAGAUCCGAGACCUUCAAAAGCCAGAGAAAGGCAGGAGCUGCAGCGUCUCCAUGUCAAGCUCAAGAGACAGUUCGUCCAGCCCAGGCGGUCAGUUGUCUGUGGCGAGCAUUCGCGGCAAGCGAGGGUCACGAAGGCGAUACGAGAGGUCGCCGCCAAAGACGUUUUCGAGUCAAGAUCAAGAAGGAGACCGGAGCUACUCUUUCUCGAGUCAUGCGAGUAUCCUCCGGCCCCAACUCGCCGGAGCUACUGACAACCGAAAGAUGAGACGAGAGUCGGAGGGGUCCGAGUGCCCCCGCGCAGAGUCGCUUGAGCGUGGCGGUUCAGCCAAGCAAGACCCUCCUAAAAACAACAGUCCUCAAAGCCGCGAGCUGACCGCGUCGCCGCCAGGAACGGACCAACCGAAAUUGAGGGCAGACAGGGAACGCUGCAAGAAUCGUAGAGGCAGCAAAGAAGGUGGAGGCACUCAACAGGUGAGCGGAGCGCUACCGGGCGACCCCUGUGGAGACGCUGAGGCGGUGGAAAAGCCUUUUUUCCCGCAGAGGCAGCACCCGCCCGAGCAGGCGCCGGGUCGUUCUUUCUCCGAAGUCACGAUGGAGCCGCUGGCCCCGGGCCCCGGACCGAAGUGCAGCAAGAGAAGCUUUUGUAGUCAAACAACAGAUGAUGAUGCAAGCGCUGCCAGUGUCGGAAACCCGGCAGGGGCAGGUCGACGCAGCCAAAAUUUCCCUCUGGAGUCCGCGAGUCUCCCUCUCUCGUUGUGCACGUCCAUUGUCGCGUCUUUCGAGGCUCUGAAGAAAUCGCUGGACACCGACGCAAAGGCUCGAGUGCCUUUCGCGCCAGCUGAGGAAAGCCGCGACAGCGGUGAGGGUGGCGCAGCGGCGUCCUCAGAGACCCAGGCACGUGUGCCGACAGUCACAGGAAAUCGGCGAGCAGAACCAGAAAAGCGCAUGCAAGAAGACCGACCGGAUUUCUCUGCUUUGGUCCGAGACGCCUCACGGGCGCUUCAGAAUGCUCAGGAGAUCCUCGCCAAGAGCGGGGUCACUCCGGGGAGCCCCCCUCUGCCGUCGUCGUCCUCAGCUGGACCUCCGGAAUCCAGGACGCCUCUCAGCGAGCAGCAGCGACACUUUUCAUCUGCCCGUCCUCCCGAGGAAGCGCCGCCAUCUGGAACCCGUCACUGCAGGGCGUGGAUACCGACAGUGCCUUCAUCGUCCCUCGCAGUCGUCAGCAAAUCUCGCUCUCACGGGGACGAUGGAGGUCUGCAGAGCCACGCCACGGCUGCGAGAACGUCGCCCUCCCGUACGCCCUCGUGGAGCACCACUCAGAACCCCGUUCACUCGAGACACGCCCGCCAGAGCUUGCAGCCUGGCGUCGACGACUCGCUUGAUUCUGUGUCUCCCUGCACUUCACAAACGCUAGUUUCUGGCACAUCUCCCAACCAGGCAGUUCCACCGACUGCCACUCAGCACAGUCCUCCUGCCUCGAUCGCGGGCGCGGCUCGUAGGCUUGUGCCCAACGGACACGAGCGAGCAAGUUCAUCAGCAUCAGAGACAGAAACGAGUGUCCCAGAGGGGAAUUACGCCGCCGUAAAUGCACCUCGAUCGCUUCAGAGCUGGCAACAAACCUGUGGCGGGCGGGUGGGGACCGGCCCCCUUACUCUGCUUGCCGAUACGAAACUAGUCGAGGAGCUAGUGAGAGACGGUUUCACGAUGUGCGACACAGGCUCUGCGUCGCACUUUCUUAGCAACUGCACGACAUGCAGCAACUUUCCGCAGUGCUGGUCACUCGCGUCUAAUAGAAACUAUGUCGAGCAAGUCGGAAACCCUAGGGGCAGACUGGGUCUCAGUGACGCGGAACUUCACGCAUCGCAGGCAGCCAGCUCCCGAGCUGCUAAGGAGCUCAUGUCGCCUUGCUUCCCGAUGCCGAAGGACGAGGGCCUGGGCUCCGCCUCUCCCGGCUACCUAGCUUGCAGUGAACAGGCAGGGUCCUCGGUAGGCAACUUCGUCUUCCAGUCUCCCGCAGAAAGAGUGCCCGUUAGCUACAGAAACUGCAGCAGCGCGAACUGCCCCGUGUUUUCGUUCUCGUCGAGCUGCGCACUGGGCAGUUCGCCUUUUAACAGGGAGGCUGGAGCUGCGCCUUCCACUGCAGGGAAGAGCAGUCGCAGCCGCACAGGACUCGAAGCUGCGACAGCGAGUGAAGCAGAGCCGUUUGGCCAGAAGGCGCCGAGCGUGUGGCAACGGCGCACCACCACAGCGACGCAGGCCCUGGGUGAGUCUUCGCUCAGCCGGGCCUCGAAAGCAGAGGAGACACAUGCGCCUCCGAAAGAAGUCUUAGCGCAGUGGGCAUCACGAGCGGUUGAUGGGUACAAACGGGGGCGGGGGGGCUCGCCCCUUUCUUCCAGCGACGAGCUCGUCUUCUCUGGAUCUCGAGGGCUCCCUGUGAAAAACGGGACCUCGUACGUUGUUGCCAGUGAGCAUCCAAAAGGAGAGCGGCUGCUGCAGAGCUCGGGCAGGACGCGUCUGCCGACGCCACAGCACUUCUGCAGCAGGCCUCCGGGGAGCCACGCGGAGCUUCAUGGCGGAGGGAUGCCUGGCUCACCAGAUCUCUGCGAGAGGAGCUCUCGUUUCAGACAAGCUGUUGGCGCCUGUAAUGUUUACGGCACAAUCCAAGCCGAAGAGAGAGCCGAAAGCGAGUAUCCCUGUGGAAAACCUGUUGGCACGUGUGAACGCGCGAAGACGCGCGAGCAGCUCUUCCUCGAUUUCCACGAAGCCCAAGAGCGAAUCAGAGGGCAAGAGAAACACCUACAGCUCCUGGAUGAAAGAAUUCAACGGCAGCACUCAGCUUUUGCUGCACUUAGCUUGGCUCGUCCCCUCUCCCAAGCGGGAGGACCCGCUCAUCACACAUUUGGCAGGUGA